CCCAUACCUCUUUCAGAACCAAAAAGAUGAAAAUCUUAUCUCAAAUCCAAAUCAUUUUUCUCUCCAUUGCUCUUCUUCUCUUCAUUACAUCCUCAGCAACUCCAUCAACAUAUUCAAAUCAAACCAACUUAGAUUACAUCAAAACAUCAUGCAACCUCACACACUACAAAACCCUUUGCUACAUCUCUCUAUCUCCUUACGCCUUAGCAAUAGAUUCCAACCCUCAAAGACUCGCCGUCACCGCCCUUAAUCUCACCCUCUCCUCCGCCAAAUCUGCAGCUAAGUUCAUCAAGAACAUUCCUCAGGGCAGAAGCGGUCUAACACGUUUCGAAGCGGGUGCGGUUGCUGAUUGCGUGGAGGAGAUUGGAGACUCGGUGAGUGAGCUCCACGAUUCAAUAAGAGAGUUGGAUUCGAUCAACUACGAGAAUAGCUCAAAAUUUGAGAUGGUUAUGUCGGAUGUUAAGACAUGGGUUAGUGCUGCUCUCACUGAUGAUGACACAUGUAUGGAUGGUUUCAACCAAGAUGGUCGAGCCAAAGCGGCCGUGAAAGAUUUGGUUCGGCGACAUGUCGUAAAGGUUGGUCGGAUGACUAGCAACGCGCUUGCUGUCAUUAAUAUGUACGCAUCCACACAUUAGAAAUGAUCAUAAAUGUUCAUAUGGUCUUACACAAAUUUGUUUAAUAACUUUAUUUGGCAAAAUUGCUUAUUUUCAUGUUUAUAUGUAUACUAUGUACCUUGUUAUAGGUAUUGUGGAUUUUCGUGUAUACUUUAA